CCUUCAGUAACCUGUCCGGCUCUUUAUGAAUUAUUAUUAUUAUUAUUAUUAUUAAAGUGACAUUCUCACUAGCUGAUGACAUAAUCAGUCACGCACUCGUAAUGUUCUAAGUGUCAGUACGAGGUUAUAUCACAGCCAAUCAUCGACGAAGAGGAAGGGUAAAUUAUGAUAUAGUGCCAAGCCACUAAACGGCCAUGGUUAAUGAUUAACAUAACACCGAUACCGUUAAUGUUGACCACACAGUACUAGUAUUGUAACAACUCAUUCAAUUAUUAACCGAAAGUACAAAAUAAAUUAUAACACAGUACAUGUUAUUGUGGAAUUAACAAAUGAUAUAUUAACAGACAGUUAAAAGGAUGGCCACCCGAACUCAGACAACAAGCCUACCCCCGCAAUACUACAGAAACCAGUAUCAGCCUCAGCAACAACCUGGGAUAAUAAUUGCGCCUAACACAGCCGUUACCAACGUACAGACAGUUAAUACAGCCAGCCGAAGAGUUAUUGUAGACAAUAAAUCUCUACGAACAAACAGUUUAUUUCGGCUGAUACUUGGAAUAUUAAUUGGAAUAUUUGGCAUUGUUGCAACUUGCAUUCACUGUAAUAUAUAUAGUGGAGCAGGCAUCUGGCUUGGUGUUGUGAUCGGGUGCUUUGCUAUUGUCGGCAUAGGUGCCAGUAGCACUACAGGAAGUUUUUCUCAGAAGAAUUGUCUUGUUGUGACAUACCACUUGUCGUCAAUCAUCGUUGGUUUGAAUGCAUUAAGCUUGGGUAUCAUUGCCAGCAUAGCUGCUUCUGACGAGCCAUAUUAUAAUUAUUACUAUAGUCUCAGGUCUGCUCGUGUUGGGAUUGAUAUAACGCUUGCUAUACUGUCGUUUGCCGAGGUUAUUGCUGCGAUAUGGGCUGUUGUACUGACAGCAAGUGCAACGUACUGUUCACGCAGAGAAACUGUGGUUACUACCCAGCCUGUCGUACAGUAUAAUAGUGGUGCCACCAGUCACAAUACACAGUAUGCAUUCGUGAAUACCACGGGACCAUAUCCCAAUCAGCCGUACGUUCAUCAACAUACACAUGCAACUACCAUGCACGUUGUUGAUAGCUACAAUGCACCUAGUGCAUAUCCCCCACCAUAUACAACAUGAAGUAUAUAAUGUAAUUAACAGGAACAAUAAUCUGCAAUAUAAAGUAAUGAUAGGGCUAAUAAAAGUUAUACUUCUUCUACUAUACUAAUACUGAUGCUGCUGUCGCUACUACUACAAUACUACUAAUAAUAAUGUUGAUAAUAAUAAUAUUAAUAAUGAUAA